AAGCGUUCUUGUCGUACGACUGGAAGUGUGAGCUUCCCAGGUCAGCUUCUGGUCGUCAGGACUACUCAGUCGUGUGAGCGAUCCCUAUUUUUUUGGCCCGUUAGUAUCUGCGGGUGGUCGUCCGAAGCGGUCGUCUGAGCUGGUCUUGUGGGCGUCCGGUCGUCCGAACCGGUGGUGGAAGCGCCGUGGUCGUCCGAGCGGGUGAGAAAUCUACCAACGGUAAUAAAGCGAAGAGAGUUGCGGUUCUUGUCGGGUCGGGGGGGGCCAUCAUGAGAGACCAGCACACCAGGAGCAGGAAUGAUGUUGACAACAACAGUUAAUUCACGAGCCCAGCCCUCGUCACCACCUCUCCACUGAAACCUGGAAACAGCGCACUUGGGUGCACCACUUGCUCUGGAGUGACUUCAUGCAUUCCCCCUCCCUCCUCUGCGCUGUGCACGUGUGAGCACGCGCCACUGUCCAGAGGAUUGUGUGGCUGUUUGCACGACACAAACAAGCAUGAGGCUGGUCACCACCCUAUCCAGGAGGCUAUGUGGCUGCUAUGUUGAUGCUACAGUUCGCUCAAAGGGGCUCACGUUAUGCAACAGUUUUGCAGGGGGCCUGAAACGCGCUCAGUCUGUGGUUCAGACAGGUCGCAAUUGGCACAGUUACUUUCCAAGGUCGCAGCCGCUGGGUUGUAAAGUCCCGGAGCUCAGCAGGGCCAUCUGUACUGCAGGUUCUGCAUUUGUGAAGCUGUCGUCAGACGCAGUCUCUGCACACAGCUUAAGGAGGUUGGCAUCGCCAAGCUUUGUGGCCAAGGGUUUUGCCUGUGGUGUUCUUCUCAAGCCGACGACUGUCAGAGCACUUGCGAACCCAUUUGCUGGACUCGGAAUCACCACCACUUUGAGGGAAGGAGGCCAACCUUUGGUGAAGGGGGUGAGGGCACUGUCUACUGGUGCAUUGGGUGAAGCUGUAAGGAAUUUUCUUCCAAUGGGGGCUGUAGGUUCUGUGCUCCUCAAGCUGGCCCUUGUCGACCUCGCUCUUCAGUUGGGAGUGGGCGCCGUUUCGUGCGUCUUUAAGUCCGAAAAGCUUUACGAUCUCGUUGGAACAGGAAGCUUCCUUCUUAUUGGAGGGCUGGCAUUGGUCGGCGGCGGUAAUUUCUAUGCCCGACAGGUUCUCGUGACGUCACUGGUAACGCUAUGGAGUGCUCGUCUGGCAAGCGCACUCUUCAGCCGAGUUUUACACGAGGGGAAGGACAGCCGAUUCGACAACGUUCGCGAUAACCCGGCCAAGUUCAUGCUGUAUUGGACUGUCCAAGCAGUAUGGGUCUGGGUGACUCUCCUUCCGGUCAUGAUGCUCAACGUGAACCCGAUCAACACUCCUCUGGGCUGGAUGGACGCACUGAGUUUGGUGUGCUGGGCAGGAGGAUUUGCAAUAGAAUCGAUUGCAGACCAGCAGAAGAAAACGUUUCGCGAAAACCCGGCAAACAAGGGUCGUUGGAUCGACACCGGCCUUUGGAGGUACAGUCAACAUCCGAACUAUUUUGGGGAGAUGGUGAUGUGGUGGUCCAUCUUUAGCCUUUCAGCACCUGCUUUGCAGGGCCUUCAGGUCUUGGGAGCGGUCUUGAGCCCACUGCUGGUUAUGCAUCUGCUCAUCAACGUUAGCGGGGUGCCAUUGCAGGAGGCCGGCAAUAAGAAGAAGGAGUAUCACGAACACUUUAACCUGCAAGCAUUCUCCCACCUGUCAGCACGCCUGCGCCUUGUGAACAACAAGAUCAGGAGGUUUGAAUCUACACCGGUCAUCGCUAUUACGUCAUUUUUUGACAUAAACGACAGGUUUGCUCGUGUCGACCAUGGGGACAUUCUUCAACCACUCGAAUGGAUUGUUUUCAUACCAGCAACUCGAGAAGGGCAGGGAUUUUAUGCUCUCACCAACACAGACACAAAGGGGUCCUCGUUCGGACGAAGGACAGGUGGAGACCACUGGAGGUUGUUGAAGCGCAGAGGUAUCGCGGACUUCAUCCGGAUGAGAUUCAGACACACCUACACCGACGCCGCUGGCGCACUUCUCAAGCAGGAGGUUGGUAUCCCGAUGGGAGCCACUUCCAAAGAAGUACAAUGCGUAUGCGCAUCGCGUACGAUGCGUAGUACAGGUUCAAUUGCAGCAGCUUAGGGAAGGUAAGCGGUUAAGCGGACACGUGUACGGCAUCCGACUCAUCGAUGAUGACGCGCCUCUGAUUUUGGCAGCCCUCACUGACGAUUCCGCAGGUGACGCGAUCAAGGCCUUUGAACAGCGUUGCAUGGAGAAUCUCUGUCUGAAGCGCACUGAUGAUGGCCGAUCAGGUACAUUUGAUCUCCUAGGAUGUGAGAUAUAUGUUGUUGUGCGCCUGUUUUCCUUUCAUUGAUUGUGUGCAGCUAUCAAAGAACGAGAAACGUAUCUGGAACAAGGAGCACCUUGCGAUACAGACUGACUGGACGAUCUUUUCAGUCAUGGGGAUGUAAGAGACAGAAGAGUGCCGUCGUAGUCGGAAGCUAGCUGCACAAGAUCGACCGAACGUUCAAAUCGCUACGAUCCCGUCGAUCCGUUCUAACUUCCAAGUUCUAAGAUCGUAAAGCCGUAAAGCGCGUACUGACCUUGAAGUUGGAACUCAGGUUGAAGCGGUUUAGGGUUUAGGGUUUAGGGUUUAGGGUUCUUUGUGCUUGUGCUCUGAAGCGGUUUAGGGUUUAGGGUUCUUUGUGCUUGUGCUCUGAAGCGGUUUAGGGUUUAGGGUUCUUUGUGCUUGUGCUCUGAAGCGGUUUGCGAUGAGACGUGCUGAGAUCUGCUGGGGAUGUAACUUUGGGUUUCAUCACGUUCGUGAGUUUGAAAAUUGUACAGUUAGAUGUGUUUUUCUUUUGUUUUUUCGCACACUUUUGUACUACCACAGAAGCACAUCUUACCUUGUGGUACUAUCGGAAUUCGUUCUCAUGAAUCUCAUCUUAGCUUGUGGUUUUUCGGACAUAAAGCGGUUUGAUGUUCGGACCCGUUGAGGAAUUUGAUGUUUUUGUUAGGUUUGUCCUCAGACUCAGUUAGUGUUAAUUUUUACGCAGUUACAACCGUCUGCAGACGUAAACCAGCAGCACAUGGCCACCUGGCCACGGGUCUGAUGCCUCAAAUUCUCUAGGCGCGAAACGAAAACGGGGCUGCUGAUCGAAUUUAUCAACGGCGGGUGCCGGCCUCGUUUUCUUGUGGCGACAAGUUUCCGACUGCAAGGCUGGGGCUGUGUACUUGUGGUUUAACACAGGUCAGCUACACCGGCGGAGGCUCGGUCAAGGCAUGCAUUUGCUGUACCCGAUGAGUCGGUUUUUCGAUGUGCUGUGAUAUUCGGACAGGGCAGUUAUUUUGGACCUUGAGCUGAUGGAUCUGUGGGAUGUUUUUUUCUGAGUACUCUGCUUUUGGGUGCCCAUGUUGCACACUCUCGUAUCGACUUAACCCAGUUAAGUCGACUUAACUGUGUACUUUCGGUUUGAGUGCCGAGUAUGUAGAGUGCACUUUGCUGGUGCGACAGGACAGAAUGGACGGGAGGAUCGAGCUUAGCAUGUAUCGGUCCUAUCGGUUUCCUUUUUCCUUUCUCUUUUCUGUGUUGACGUUUCGUCUGAUUUUGGUGUGGCUUCGAUACAUGGACCUAAAGCGACGUGAUACCGUAGCACUGGAUGGGUACUGCAAGGGUACGUUCGGGCGGGACUGGAUAAAGGAAAGCGUCGUACUAAGUUGGAACCGCGGAAUAUAUACGGGGUGUGUACGAUGUUUUCGUUCCUUCACAGGUCGGACAGUUGUAUUGACGCCGAGCAGUCUGGAAUGCUAGUGGGAGGUAGGAGCAGAAUUGGGUAUGGUAUGUUGGAGAUAGUGCAAGGUAGAAUUUCAUUUCGGCGGAGUCCCGCGAGGAAAAUGGGUUGGCAGCAGUGAAAACGUGGCGUCGGGGACAUCACGCCUGUGCUUUUAUGAGCUUUGCUGUGUUAUCUUUUGGUCCUUGGAAAUUUGUACGCCAUCACGGUGCUUUUUUGCGACUUCCCUGAGUAAUCGAUGAUGUCUUCUACCACUAAUGUUGCAGGGGUUGUUGUCUGUUGGUAAUGAAAAUUGACAGCCAUA